GUCAGGAGGAAAAAUGGAUCCUCUCUUUCUCGUGCGCGGCUCCGUUCGUCCGUUGGCUUCGAAUCGAAUCCGGUGCGAGAGAUGAGGUCAGUUGCAAAGAUCUCGCCAGAGGGAUCAAACGUGUUUCGUCCCCGUGUGGAAGGUGAAAAACCUUUGCGCUUUUCCUUUUUGCUAUCUGGUAUUGAACAAGUGUGUUUAGUGUGUGUCUUUUAACACAUAUACAUGUGUGUUGGUGGUUUUUGUGCCCGCUUUGUGGAUGACAUUCUGCGCCUUAUCUCAGCCAAUGUCGAGAAGAUCUAGUAGACGGGGGGCCCCCGCCGCGAAGGCAAGCCGCCCAAAGGGCGGCAUCGCUGCCAUAGUAACAGCAGACAAACAAAACCGUCUUCACUCGAGAAACGGCUCCUCCAGAUCACAGCCAGUAGAAGCAAUGGAUCGCCGCCUCUCCACCGAUUCGUCGUCCCAGGAAGCGAUGGAUAUCAGCUCGUCCAAUCGUACCGCCAGCAGCGUGGAGACGAACAAUAACCGUUCCACACUGAGCAAUCAUCAGCUCAACAAGACUACCACCACCAGCGCCGAUUCGGACAACAUCGAUUCGGAUGAGGAGCAGCAGCAGCAGCACCAGCGCAGAUCGUCGUCGGUGCUGUUCCAGUCGCGCCAACACACCGUCCGCAGCGAAAACCUUCACCAGCUGAUGGACAAUAUGCUUCGGCGGAAGUUCCACAGUCUCAACCACAUCGCUGCCCACAACAACAACAAUUACAGCGGGAAGCGUUCGCGCUCGCCAAUCGCUACUAGCAACAUUCUGCAGCAGCAUUUGGCGGCAGCACCCAGCGAAAACCAUAACCAUCAUCACCACCACCACCACCAGCAGCAACAACAGCAUCCCACAAAUCACCACGCCACCGAAGGGUCGGAGGGAAAGCGAUAUGUGUGCCCGAUCUGCGACACGAUUUCCUCCACAAAGCACGACUUCACGGAGCACAUCCGGUCGCACAACAACAGCAAACCGGCGUCCGGGGACAACGGGGAGAGCCAAUUUGUGUGCAAAAUCUGCUCCAAGGUGCUGUCGUCCGCUUCGUCCCUGGAUCGGCACGUGCUGGUGCACACCGGCGAGCGUCCGUUCAACUGCAAGUACUGCAAUCUGACGUUCACCACCAAUGGAAACAUGCACCGGCACAUGCGAACCCACAAACAAUCGGAACGGGAGAGUUACGAGAGCGAUGGGUCGACCGAUAGUGGGGGGAGCAGCAGCGGCGGCGGGGCCAGCAGUGGCGGCAUGUCCAACAACAAUAACAAUUGCUACAGCAGCAACUACGAUGGCGAGGGGAAACGGAAGAACGCGGACGAGAAUGUGCACUACAAGCGCAAGAUCCGGACGACGAUCAACAACAACAACAUCCUGGAUGGUGUGAGUGUGACCGAGGGGGUGCAGAAGUUCUGCUGCCCGGUUUGCGUCCGGAACGACUUCUCCAGCAUGGUCAGCCUGGAGAGCCACAUGGAUCGGGAGCAUCCGCAGAUUCCCGCCCGCUGCAGACACUGCGAGGUGGUGUUCAAGAGCUACAAGGCGUUGAAUGCGCAUCGAUGCGGGAACAACAACUACCAGAAUAUCACCCCCGGCUUCAAGGAUCUCACCUUCGUGGACUUUUCCAGCGAGAAGUUCCCGCUGAUAGCGAAAAGUGUGUGCGAGCAGAGCAUCCGGACGCCGGUGACGAGCCAAAAGUUCGAAUGCAGCAAGUGCUACCGGGCGUUCCCCUGCUCGAAAACCCUGGAGAUGCACGUGAAGGAUUGUGGCGUUUCGGAGUACACUUCCAGUGGGGGUGGCAGCGGCGAGAAGCGCAAAUGGACGAUUAGUGAGGGAUCCUCCGAGGAGGAGCUCAAACGGGAUGACUUCUUCGCCAAUUUGGACCUCCAGAACAAAUCCAUGUCGACGAAUAUGUCGUCGAAUAUAUCGGAGGCACCGACGACUCCGUCGUCGCUGGACAAAUCCUUCACCUCGCCGAUAAACACCCGGGAUAUCAAGCAGGAACCAAGCUACUAUCACCACAGUGGGGCUAACUAUCCGCCCCAGCCGGAUACCAAAGAUCUCGCCGACAUUCAGUCGAUCAUCAACGUUACCUCGUCGGGUGGUUUCUUCCGCCAGCUCGACAAGGACCUCUUCUCGCCGCAGAAAGACGGAGAAGAGGAAGCCCAGGACGCCUUUACGGCGGAGUUCCGCAAGAUGAAGCUACGCGGCGAAUUUCCGUGCCGUUUGUGCACCGCCGUAUUCCCUAACCUUCGUGCCCUGAAGGGUCACAACCGUAUCCACGUUUCCGCGGCUGGGCCGGGUCCGUACCGCUGCAACAUGUGUCCCUACAUGAUCAACGACAAGGCGACCCUCAUUCGGCACAUGCGCACCCACAAUGGCGAUCGACCCUACGAAUGCGCUCUCUGUAACUAUGCUUUCACCACGAAGGCCAACUGUGAGCGUCAUCUGCGGAAUCGCCACGGGCGGACAACCCGUGAUGAGGUCAAACGAUCGAUCAUUUACCACCCCUCGGAGGAUUCCUCCUGCGAGGAUCCCCUGAAGAAGCUGCAGAUGUUCAACACCCCUCCCGGGGAUUUCGAUCGGGAUGUGGACGAUAAACCGACGGAUCGCAGCACUCCUGUUUCCCACCUGAAGGAGAUGCUGAUGCCCCUUCCGAUGAGUCUGGUAACGAAAAUCGAUAACACCCCACUGCCCAUGACCCCGGCCAAGAUUCAGGUCAAGAGUUUGGAGAAACUGAAUCAACUGACGCCGCCCCAGGAGCAGGACUACGAGAAGGAAACUCCGGAGACACCAGUCUCCCAGCCGGAUACUUCCCGCCCGAUGGAUCUCAGCAUGGACGCGUUGGACCUGAGCAAGAAGCCGGAACCGACGACGAUCACAACACGGUCGGCACCGCUGGAGAACGACAUCGACUCGGACCAUCCCCGCUCGGAUGCCGAAGAUGAUGACGAUGAGGACGAAGAGCGCGGCGAUGAUGAGGCCGAAGAUGAGGACGAGGAUGAAAGCAGCCACCAUGUGGCUAAAAUGCCAAAGCUGGACCUCUCACUGCUGGAGAAAAACCAACAGCAGCUUCAGUUGAUGCAGCAGAAAUUCCUCAGCGAUACGCUGUCCAAACUGGAUCCCGCUCACUACUUCCAGCUGAGCCAGCUGUACAGCCGCUUCAGCUUCCCUCCCACCGCUUUCCCGCUGCAUCCUUUGUUUCUGCAGAAUCCACUACUCUGCGCAGCGCCCGGAGCGCUCGCGGAUCUGAAGAACUUCUUCCCCAAAGAAUUCCCGAUGCUGCCACAAAUGUCCGGCGGAAGCUUGAUCGGCAAUCCGUUCCACUCGCCCGCAGAAUCGGACAAGAGUGGAGCUACCACCGAGCAGAAGCAGCACCACCAGGUGUCACCAUCAUCAGCUCAACUGACGCCGGUGAAACAUCCGCAUCCCUCGCCACAGCAGCAGCACAGUUUGCCAAACGUCCAGCAGCAGCAGCAUUUACAGCAUCCGAAGCAGCAUUCUCAGCAGCAGGUUGCGCCACCACCGCCCCCACCUCCCUCGACAAUGCCAACCAUCCCGCUGGGAAACGGGCCCGUCAAGAUGGUCAUCAAGAAUGGGGUGCUGAUGCCAAAGCAGAAGCAGCGCCGCUAUCGCACCGAGCGUCCCUUCGCCUGCGAACACUGCUCGGCCCGAUUCACCCUCCGCUCGAACAUGGAGCGUCACAUCAAGCAGCAGCAUCCCCAAUUUUGGUCGCAGCGUCAGCGCGGAGGACACCAUCUGAUGCGUGGGCGGGGUCACUCGGCAGUGGCGACGGCGGCCGCAACCAAUUCCGCACUGCAGCCCUCCCCUCAUCAUCUUGCGCAUCCGCUUCCGCACGCGCAUCCACAUGCCCACCACCAUUCGGCGGCACUGGCGGGGGGAUACGGAGGCAUUUCCGAGCAGGUGAAGUACGCCAUCUUGGCUCAGCAGUCGGGCAAAGCGGCCCAUCAUCACCAUCAUCAGCAGGCGGGACGCGGGGGAGAAAGCGGCGCCGGUGGCACUAUGAGCAGUAUGCUGCAGAAUAUCAUUGCUCAAGGACAGCAUCCGUUUGGUCAUCAGAUGCACUCGCCCCAGCAGCAGCAGCAGCAGCAGCAGCGCAGAGGAGGAGCGGGAGCAUUGUCGAGCCAUUGCAACAACAACAACAACAACAACAAUGGACACGGAGCGGAUGAUGAGGAAGAGGAGGACGAGAAAGAGCUGGUGAUCGAUGAGGAAUUUCAGCCGGAGGAUUUGAGCAAGGGAGACGAAUCGGACAGCGAAGAGUUGCAUCAGCAUCAACUAGGGCGCGAAAGUCCCGUGUUCCAGCACAAGAUUUUGAAGCAAAAACUGGAGGAAAGCAAAGAGCACCAGCGACAGCAGGCGGCGAAAGCCGUUGCCGAGGGAAUUCUGGAGCAAGCGAUUCGCCAAAGGAAGGAGGUGGACAAAGAGAAAGACACGUCCGCCGCGAAGGCGCCCGUCGAUAGUGGCAGCAAGGACGAGGGCGAUUUGGCGUCCGUUUCCAAGCUGGUGGACAACGCCACGAACGUGGCGUACGAGAACUAUUUUAGCAGACCUGAUGUUCCGCUGUCACAGGAUCAAAGCGACGAGGAGGGGCUGGUGGCUUCCGGGUCGGCAUCCGAAAGCAACAACUCCGGCACCGACGAUCCAAAUCCAUCGUCCAUUCAGCAGAAGAAAAAAUCCGCCUACAGCCUGGCGCCAAACCGAGUCAGCUGUCCCUACUGCCAACGCAUGUUCCCCUGGUCCAGCUCCCUGCGCCGCCACAUUCUAACCCACACCGGCCAGAAGCCGUUCAAGUGUUCGCAGUGUACACUGCUCUUCACCACCAAAUCGAACUGCGAUCGCCACUUGCUGCGCAAACACGGCGACGUCGAGUCGGCCAUGUCCAUUCCGGUGCCGAUCGACGACCUGCUGGACCCGAAACCGGAACCCGUCCCGGUUGCCGUCGCCGAAGCUAUUGCAAAAUCGAAAGCCACACCACCACCCUCGCGGCCAGUAAGUCCCAAGCCGUUGGCGCCCCUCAGCAAACAAUCUGCUCAAUCGCAGCUCGAAGAGGAAUCGACAGUUCCGCCAGUCUGCGUUGAACCGGAAGCCGUUUGCUCACCGGACCCACCCACAAUCAAAGAAGAACCAGAAAGCAGCGUCCAUCCAGCGAUGGCAGCAGCAGCUGACGCCGACGAUAACAACUCUUCGAUACCGCCGAUCAACUCGGAUCUUCCCUUCAAGUGUCAUCUGUGCGAUUGCUCGUUCGGCGAUCGCGUGUCCUGCCUGGACCACAUCAAACAGUCCCACGUGCAGGAGUUUGUCCUGCUCAUGAACAAAGUGACGCUGGAGGCGGAAAGCGAAGCACCGUCCGGUUCGCCGGAUGACGACGAAAGUGGCGAAGGUUGUGGUCGCGGUGGAAAGUAUCCCGACUAUGCCAAUCGGAAGGUAAUUUGCGCCUUCUGUCUGCGUCGCUUCUGGUCGACGGAAGACCUGAGGCGCCACAUGCGCACCCAUUCCGGCGAGCGGCCCUUCCAGUGCGAUGUGUGCCAGCGUCGGUUCACCCUCAAGCACAGCAUGCUGCGCCACCAGAGAAAGCACAAAUGCUCCCGCCUAAAUGGGGGUGGGGGCGGCAGCGGCGCCAAAAAUGGCAGCAACGAUCCCGCGUCCGAUGUGAGCGAUGACGAGCAGGAGCCGUCACCGCCACCGGUUGUUGCCACAAGUCGCCCCAAGAACUCCACCAUCCAGAGCCAGAGGCAGCAGCAGCUCAUCGAUUCGGGCCUGAUCGGAAAUCUGCUCGGCAUCAGCGAUCAAGGAAUCCUGAACCGGAUGCUUCUGGGGUCUGCCUCCGACGCGGCCAAACUACUCGGCGUGGAAAAAUAAGAACAGGUGGGAAACAAAACAGCAGCAGAUUCUAGUCAUAUACUCCGGGGUGUAUUUAUGUUUUGCCCUACCCCCUCAACUGAAACGAAAACAUACAACGAUGAUUUUUGUGCAGGAUUUCCACCCACGAUCCACGAUUUUUAACCUACUGGGUUACCCCUUCAAAUGCCGUGUAAAUAGAUUUCCUACUUUUUAAUGUGCAGUCAGUCGGCGCUCAGUCAGAGAACGAAAAAAACGGGAUUCUCUCGAAUAUCUAUAUAAUAUAUUCUAUACGAUAAUUAUUUUUAGCCAAACAUUUUUCUAGAGAAAAACAAAAGCCUUCUGUUCAAUUCAUGCUAAAAAAAACUAUUAUUACUAUUAAUGAGAUAUAAUCAUAGGAAACGAAAAUCAAAAUGGCUAGCCUUGGAUAGAAUUUAGUGUUGUUUUAAGUUAAGGCAUGAUUCACACACACACACACACACACAUUUGCACAUCCACAAAAUAUCCUGUAAAUAUUGCUUGCAAAAGCGUGGCCAAAAACCGAAGUGGCUUAAAAACAAGAAGUAGCAUUGUACUUAAACAAACAAACAAAAAGUAAGUAGGAACAACGGCCCCCUUAGAAUAGAAACGCUGGCAGCGCGUUUUUACCUCAUAAAGUAGGACUACGAAAUCAAAACUGAACUCUCCUCGUUGCAUGCCCUUGUUUUUUUUGUGCGUUUUACUUCUGUUCUGUUUCAGUACUUUUAAUCUUUUUUUUUUUUUGUUUCAUUAUUUUAAACAAGUGAUCUUUCAGAAAGACUGUUGAUUUCUUUGAUGCAUUCCAGGUCCUUAGUUCCGAUGCUAAUAUGUUAAGUUUGCUCGGUGGCAACCGAUUGAAUUGAAUUGCUUUAUCCAUUCUACGUUUUACUUUUGUUCGUUAGUUGGACUAUUGAAUCCACUCAAAACUGAAGGAAAAAGACAAAGAAAGUAGCGAUAAUAGUUACACAAAGUGUGCGCGUAUGUGUUCGUUUAUGACAAUGAGGCCGGAGAGAGCUUCAAAUGUUUUUAUUUCCUAUCGUUUAGAGUAAGCAGAAGACAGAAAAAAAAUCGAUGUACCUCCGAUAGAAAAAAAAAAGCAAACAAAUAGAGGAAUUCCUGUGCACAGUAGGGAAUAGAAAUUGACCAUUUUUGAUCCAGCACUACCCCCUACUCCUCAUGGCUAAUUUAUUUUUAAAUCCAAACCCAUUAGCUAUAAGCGAGUUUCUAUCAUUUUACCAAUAUAUUAGCGUGACAAGAAAAUGCGUGUGUCUGUUUAAUCGUUGACAAGGAUGCAUGAGAUGCAUGACUGGAUUGCCAAUGACGAUGACGACGAAACGAGAGAAGCAGGAUAUAAUACAGCAGAUAACCAAAGUGCGAAAACAUAUAUAGAACAAAUGCCGGCGCGCGGCAUUGUAUUCUACUCCUGAACAUCCCCUCCCCGUGGGAAAACAGGGUGACAGAGCGCCGCCGCCGCUCUGUUUAGAAGAAUCGAAUGAAUCGCGAGAGAGAGAAAGAGAGCGAGCGAGAAGCUUAAAGAAAAACGUGCAAUUUAUUAAAAUUUACUACGAUCCCCCCAAAGAGAGAUGUGUAUAGAGACAAACAUAAAAUUAGUAUUUAUAAAGGACAAAAUUUGCGAAGUGUGCGGAUCACCACGAUUCAUAGUAAGCCAAAACCGAAACACAAACACACAGACACAGCACUCUUCUUUUAUUUCGGAGUUUGAUUACUUUACUUUCGAAUCAACAACAACAACUGAGACAAACGAGAACUUCAAGUGCCAUUCAUCAUCUGACGAGGAAGUGGGCGCGGCGCGCGUGAGGUGUAUACAAGAAAAAAGCUUUCCCCCUUGAAAUGAAUCCGUGCGGGGGGAGAACACAAAUAUCUUUGCUCAUUUUAACUGUUUGAAUAAAAAAAAAUACUAUCAAUUUUAUAUGUAUAUCAUUUCGAUGGACUAAAUGUAGUGUAAAAAUCGAAAAACGUGAUCGUAAGCUAUAACUACUUUAAAACAAACAUAUAAGUCAAAGCAAGAGAGCGUUCGGAAAACCCCGAAGCGGAAUCAGUUGGAUUCUGAGCAAGUAGUAGCAAAACUAGUGUAUAAAAAGACGAAUAAAAUACUACUGAAGAGAAAAAAAAACCCCAAAUAGACUCUACCUUAGCUCUGGAUAAGAAAAUGAAUGAGAAGCAAAACAUAAACCUAUAAAUUAUUACAAUUAUUAUUAUUAUUAUUACUAUAACUAUUCUUAUUGAAAGCAAAACAGCUACUAUUACGAAAGAGAGAGAGAGAGAGAUAGAGAGGAAACUAAGAAUACUUAAGCGUAGUUACUUCUAUAUAUAUAUAUUAUAUAUAUAUGAAUAAACGAGAUCCAUGAUUGAAAGAUAUCAAUAAACUUUUG